GCUUGACUCUGGUCCCUCCCUCAGCAUCACCGCAUCAUCCACGGAAUUGACCCCCCUGCGACUCGCGAGCCGGGAUAAUGGACGACGUGCCUCCGAUCAUCAACAUCUCCAUCUCGCUGCGGAUCCAGCCCAACGAGGGACCCGUGUUCUUCAAGGUGGACGGAACCAGGUUCGGCCAGACCAGAACCAUCAAGCUGCUCACGGGAUCCAAAUACAAGAUCGAGGUGGUGCUGAAGCCCGGAAACGUCGAGGCCACCAACAUGAACAUCGGAGGCAUCGUCUUCCCUCUGGAGCAGCAGUCCCGGGACGAGGAGUCGGUGGUCUACCACGCGCAGUACGACACCGAGGGCGUCCCGCACACCAAGAGCGGCGACCGCCAACCCGUCCAAGUCAGUGUGGAGUUCAACAAAGCCGGCACGUUCGAGACCGUCUGGCAGGCGAAAUACUACAACUACUACAAGAGGGAGCACUGCCAGGGCGGCAACAAAUUCACCAGCAUCGAGUACGAAUGCAAGCCCAACGAAACGCGGACCCUGAUGUGGAUCAACAAGGAGGCGUUCAACUGAGCCGCAACACCCCCACCCCCGUCCCCCCCCCGACCCAUACCCAGCAGAGGACAUCAGUCGUUCCAGGACUUUGACCAUCAGCAUCCCAACAAAACAUAAAGAAGGCACGUCCCUAAUCUCCAGUAAGCAAAGGGUCAGGUAUUUGUGUUGUUUUAUCCAGGAGAGAAGGUGUCGCUGUUUGCUGUGCUGGUCUUUGUGGUGCUUUUUUUUGGGGGGGGGGGCAACAUUACAGAGGGUCGAUUGUUAAUGGGACAAUUGGACAUUUUUUUCUAGAUUACGUCAUUUCACUCACACGGCCCCAUUAGGGGCCUUUCUCGUAGACUUCUAUUCGACCAGAGGAGUCGCCCCCUGGUGGUUAACGGAGAGAAUGCAGCUUUAAGACAUUCAGGGCUUCAGCAUUAGUCUCAUUCAACUCCCACAAACUACUGUCUGCACGUAUGUUGCUUUUUGCACCACUACUACAGACCACUAAAUGAGCAUAUUUAAAUUC